CUACGAGGGAGGGACUCCUUUAAAUCAGCAACUACUGACUUCAGCGGCUGCUCAUCACUGUUCUCCAUCUCACAACAAGUCUCAGGACUUAUUAAUCUGCUGGAUAACAUGGCCGCGUCCGGACUGCAGCUCCUCGGCUUUUUUCUCUCUCUGGUCGGAGUCGCUGCCACUGUUGCCGCCACUGUUAUGGUGGACUGGAAGAAGCUGGUCCAGGGCAAGCACCGCUCCUAUGAGGGCUUAUGGAUGUCCUGCGCUGGUGUUCAAGACAGAAUGACCUGUGAAAUUUAUCAGUCCAUCCUGAAAAUGCCGACUGAGAUUCAGGUUACCAGGGCAGUGCUGCCGGUCAGUCUCCUCCUCUCUGCUCUGGCUGUACUCAUCUCCACAGUGGGGAUGAAGUGCACCCACUUCAUGGACGGUGUGCCAAAGAGCAAAUCCAUGAUAGCGAUGAUCGGAGGAAUCACGUUCAUACUUUCAGGCGUGUUGACCAUCAUCAUCACCUCCUGGUUUGUCAACAUGGUUCUUUCUUACAGUGGACACAAGCUGUUUAGACCUGAGUUUGGUAAUGCCGUGUUUGUGAGCUGGGUUGGUGGACUCCUCACUGCGGCCGGUGGUGCUUUCCUGAGCUGUCGGAGAUGCUGGAGGACCAACCCUCCAGUGUCCAUGAGCUCCAGCCACUUUCUUUCUACCAAUCACUCCAAGUCCAACUACGUCUAGUUGAAAAGGCCACAAGAACCUGAAGAAGGAGCCGGUUUCCCUUUGUGGAUUAUUUAAAGAAUACGUCCAUUCACUGAGAGGUCUUUGAGAUCGGAGUGAGGAUCGCUCAGAAGAAACUCCUUUGAAUCUCCUUUGUCCUGGGUUUAAAUGCCACCACAGCUCUGGUUUCUCCUGCUGUAAAGAUGUCAGGGUUCAAAGUUUAAAGUCUGAAAAAGUCCACAAAUCGAUAAAUAUACAAGUGAGCAUGUCAGGUGGAGUUUCUUCAUAGUAGCACUGAAGACAAACAGUUUUUAAUAGUUUGAAGUGUGGCCGCAUGUAAAGUGGAGACAGCGUCAUUUCUGAUACUUUUCCGAUAUACGGAUUUGUUUGUGUGUGUUUUAUGUGUUUAUUUGUAUCUGUGAUGCUUCCCCUGAUCAGAUAACAUUUUGUAUAU